CAGCCAAAAGUAAUCGUGUCGCGGUUUUCGCUGGUUUUUCUAAUUUAGUAUGGCGGAAUUUUUGGAAAACAAUCUGACAACACAAGGCCUCAUUCUGCCCCAUGUUCUCCCCGCUUCAGCUGUUAUUAAGACUCGGUGUUCUCAAAGUUUGUCUGUAAAGACAAAGGGACGAAGACUUGGGGCAGACACACACACGCACAAACAGGCUUUUGUCCCAAACUCCCAGGCAUGGUAUUCAGGACCUGAUCGGACCCUUGUGGUGGUAGCAGUGGCCGUGCAACAGCUGACAGGAGGAGCCAGGAACAGCUAUCUGUGGACAGGCAUCAUCGUGGCUGGGUGGCAAGAAUUCAAGGGUAGUUCCCUCCCUUGUAUCGGCCUACCGGAAGUGACGUGUGCUAUCCAACCGUUCACUGGCAGACGACAUCCUGCCUCACAGUGGCCAGUCGCUUUCCCGGAUCCAAUUUUCGGCUUCCAGUCGUCAGUUGGCCAACCCCAGAGCUCCCUAGUCUCGCCAGCCCCACCCCGGGAGCCGGAAAAUGUGCCCUGUGAUGCUGCAGUAAGAGAACAGCCUACUUGUUUGGAAGACGAGAAACAAAGGGCAGACUACUUAGAGUUAACAAACUCGGCGGAGGAGGAACGACUGCUAUUGGUGGAGCCGUGUAUUAAAGACGCAUCCAGCUCUGCCGACAGAUCAAGACCCACUUCAGAAGCGCGUGGGCAUGUCCAAGUAAACACACUACACGAGUCCUGCUUAGAGCUAGACUCCCUCAGUCUUGAUUGCCCAUCUACCUCUCAGGCAGCCGAUGUUAACUACCUCCACGAUUACAGUUCAGAUGUAGAUUUUUCUUUUUCCUUUGACGUCCCAACACUUCCCGAUAAGCCCACCUUAGUGGAUUGUUUGAAAGUUCAAAUUACAGCCACCAUGAAUUCUUGCCCAAACAACUCCCCGCCGUCUUCCCCUCUCUCCCCGCCCAUAUCGCAGUCCUCCUCCUCACUUUUCAGCGUGAGUCCCCAAAAUGCCUCUCUGUUGGUGAGGGCCUUAAGCAAAUCCGACGACUCCCGCCACUGCUACUUCAUACACCUCACUCUCCGCCCGCUCUUCGCGGAUGACGUCAUUCCAGGGAGCUGUCUACGCAAGCUGCCACGAUUGGUCAACGGUAUACCACUGGGGGCGGGUUUUUUGUCUCGGGAUCAGCUCUCCGAAAUAAAAUGGCGUCUUGUGGAAGGAGGGCACUCGAAUCUCACGUUCAUCUCAACGCCUUUGCUAAGAGAGGAGGCGGAGGAGAGCAAAAACUGUCUCAGAGACCGCCUUGCUAAGCAAGCUCCAGCGAUAUUCGGGGACAUGACUGUCAAGGCGAGUCUCGUACUUUCCCGGUGCUUAGAUAUAGAGGAAGAUUUCGUCCUGAACGAUAUCGCUGUCAAUUUAGAGGAAGGCCUACACUUCCGAGACUGACACAUUAUGUUAUAGACAUCGCUGGUAUCAAACUCAAGAGUACUUAAUGUUUUGAGGUUUGACACCAUCCUGAUAUGGUAAACAAUACCCCCCCCCCACUUCCCCUUUCCCCCCUCUUUCUUUUUUUUGAAUAACGCAGAACCGACUUUUCCUUGUGGUAGAGCUGUAAUCCCACUAAAUAACUUCGCCGAUGUCGAAAUAUAUGUAUAUUGAUGAUUUAUUUGAUCUGGCAACAUUAACCUUAGAAACUUACUGGCAUCUAGUGGUUUCCUAUGAAUUUCAAUGUCGAAUGAUGGAUGAUGCCAUCAAAUGAUUCCAAUUUCAAAAACGCGAUUCGUGCAAAAAACACACAGAAAGUAGAAGGAGGUUGGGGGGGGGGGUAAAAUAAAGAAGGGCCGGUGAACAAUUAAACAAUCAAAAUAUAGGAGAAUAAAGAGAAGUGUAAAAUGAACCACACUAACAUUACGUUAAUAACAUGUGAUAUGGAAUGUAUGGUGCGGCGUGUUGUGUAUUUGUACAUUUGAGUAUUGUGAGAACUUGUUUGCGAAUAGACGAGUAUGUGUUUACUACUAGGAGAAAAACACACACAAUUUUUUUU